CACUCCGCCUUCAAGUCGCUGCAACUAGGAGCCCAAAAGACCAAAACCGCGAAAAAUCAUGACCGGGAGAGUAAGCGAUUCCUGCAACUCGCCGCCGCCGAUAACCGACAUGGAGAUCGUGCGACUGGCCCAACAACAUCAGCAAACAGGUGCAGCUCUACCAUCGUACUUACUUUCCCCCGCUUCUCACCCCACCAUCGUCUCCUUCCUCAACUCCCGUUGCGAUUCUCUUACUUCUUCCCUUUCUGUAACCGAAUACGUUUCUGCCAUCGUUUACCUCAUCUCCCAAACCCCUCAAAACUCCUCUCUUUCUUCCCUUCUCUUCUCUCUUAUUCUCUCGUAUUUUCGCCUCUUUUACUCCGCCAGAAUUCCUCACGAUACUAAUUCAUUGAAGACAGUCCACCUAUUUGCUCUCCAUCUCGACAGAAUCCCUAGAAAUGAUCUCGCUUCCAUUGUGGAUUUACUGGUUGCCAAUUUAUCCAUGAUCGUUGAACCCGACGAUGCGCAACCGCUUGACCUCAUCCCUCCAUCACUUGACUUCAUUCGAUCUUCAGAUGAGGUUCAAAGAGCUGGAGACUAUGUGUAUUCGGUGCUUGAUCGCAUCAUCUCAUCGAACUGGUCGAAGAUAUUGCUGGUCAAGAUAGUUUCUCUUCUUCGUGAUUUUUCAUUUAUUGACAAGGGUCGGGCUAGAGAGUUUCUCGAAAAGGUCUUUGCCGGAAUGGAGGGAGUGGAUUUGCAAGAUUUACCGUCUCUUGUUUACCAGCUUCUGGUGUUGGCUUCGAAGGGAUUCAGUAAGAGAGAUGUGAUCGAAGGGAUUGUACAUUUUUUCGGAACAAUAAUGGAGUCCAAAACAAAUUCAAUAGUUAGGCAGGUUGAAGGGACGGUUUUGCUUCACGUGAAUUUUGCAGUGAAGCAGGAUCCUUCUCUGGGGCAGGAGGUUUUGGGGCUUGUGAAGUCGGACCUCAGGGCUUUUAACCAUUUCACUGUUGUAGUUCUGCUAUCUGUUGGGAGGGUCCGCAGACUCAAUGAAAGUUCGAUAGAGAUUUUGAAAACUGCCGUGGCAACGUCUUAUCAUGACCACAAAUUCGCCAGAAACUGUAAGUGGCUGCCUGAUAUUUUGAAGGAAGAAUAUCUUCAAACUGUUCAAAGAGUAGAAAAGGCUGUCACAAGAGCUGUCAAUGAAUGCAACCAUGGAAGGGAGCAUAUUGUACCUAGCAUUGUACAAUUUGGGUUUGUGUUGCUAGAAUCAGUGGAAGAAGGUAAACAUGAAGAAUAUGGCAAUGAUUGUGUGAUGGGCACAGUAGAGCUUGGUAUUCAGAUGCUAAAGACUUUGUUCGAGGUUCAUGACAUGGCCAGAAAUGAGAUUAUUGAGCAGUGCAAAUUCCGUAUCCUUUCUCUGAAGCCAGAACAAAGCAUGCCAAUCAUCAAACUGCUUGGUUUUUUGGUUCAGAGCUAUCCAUAUCCCAUGCUAGAACAUGUGACACGGCUGAAGGAAUUGUUGGAUUAUUUCACUUUCAUGCAUGGACAAGUUGCCACUUCCCUUGUUACUACCCUAUUGCCCCUGAUGAAAUUCAGUACUGACCUUCAGAGUUACAUGAUUUUGGUUAUGAGGAAGGCUAUGUUCAGAAGAGAAGAAACAGUUCGUAUUGCCGCUAUCAAUGCCAUUAUUGAUAUGCUUUUGGCAGAAAAACAAUCUAAGAGAGAUGGCUCAGAUUCCUUUCAAGAGUCAUCCAGCCAAGCCAGUUGCAGCCAACAGGCUGAAUUACCCUGUGUGAUGAAGAUGGGUCUUUUUCAGGAGCUGAGUGGUCUACUGCAGAGAUGUCUGUCUCAGCAGGCAAGAGUUAAAGGGAUCAUGUACCAGGGACUUGUGAAACUUGUUUUGCAGGACCCAUUCACAGCUGGGCCUACCUUUGAUUUUCUCUUGCCUCAUUUCCGUUGUUUCUACUGUGAGGAACCAGAUUUUCGACUUGCCCUUAGCUGUUGCUUUAAAUCUGAUAAUGGCAAAGUUUGUCUUGAAGAGCCUUUGGAUUGCCUUUUAUCUUGUGUCUCCUGGAUUCUAAUCCUUCAGCAACAUGGAAAAACUGAUCACUGCAUGGAGGAUUCAUGGGCAUGUUUUGGUUUCUCCCUAACACAAGAGAACGAGGCAGGAAGAAAUUUAUCUGCUGCGGCAUUCUUCAAUGCUCUAUUGAAGAUCCGGAAAUUCUUAAGAAAUGGCCAUUUAGAAGACUUUUUAGGCCAAACACAGGAUCCAGGCUCUCGCUCUCUGGAAGAAGAAAAGGAUAGCUACUGUGCUUUGAUUUUGUCAGGAAUUCUGGAGGUAGUGCUAAAUGCUAUUGCGAUUGAGUUGGAGAAUGCAACAGAUGAAGAAAAAGUAAAUCUUGAAGAGGAACUUCUUGAACUUGUUGACUUGUAUGAGUCUUUGGAAAAGGAAGUAUUUACAGCAAAACAUGGUAAUGGUAUCAAAAGAGUUAUCCCUAGAAGUGCUGUUCAGGAUACACCGGCUAAGACUGAUCACAACACUAAAGAAUGGCAUCAUUCUGGGCCCAUGACAUUGUCUCCAGACAGAAUACCUUUCUUGGCAACUUCAAGUAUCUAUCAAAUACUAUUGACAGCAUUCAAGUUACUUAAAACCACUGGUUCUAAUAUCAGUACAGGAUCACAGAACAAUGGUAAGCCAUCGUGCAAAACAUCAACUAGCUGUUCCAAACUGAUAGCGUUUGCCUUGAAGGCUUCACUUCGCCAAGUAAAGUCUUUCCCAUUACUGAGUAAUAAUGACCCAUUGAAGACUUUGAUCUAUGGAGAUAUCAAAGUGUUGGGACCUCCAUUACUUAAAUUGGUUUGGCUGCUCAAAUCGGGGCCAGAGUUGGAUAUGGAUCAAAAGAAAAAAGAAUCUAAGGGAAGGAAAAGUGUGGAAGACAGAGAAGAAUUGAUCUAUUUAUCCUUGAUUUGCCUGAAAGAAUUAAUUACAUUAAGUUUCCAGAGUUGUCACUUGACUAACUUGAUUAAGGAUUUGGCCUCUGUCACUCCAACUGGAUGUAAUUUGGAAAAUGGCAUGGGUGCCGGACUGGAUGAUGACCAUGAACUUGUCUUGCAGAUUGAAGAUCAACUUACAAAAAACAGACAAUUGUUCAUUGAGAAAAGUAUAAAGCCCUUGUGCUUUGAGUUUCUUGCACUUUCACUUUUUCGAGAAUCUGAGGUUCUCUUGGAUAUGACAUUGAUGAUGGGGAACAAACUUCCAUGCAAGCUGAGGAACUAUCAUGGAGCUUGGGCUAUUGAUAUCUGCAAAAGCAAUACCAUAAUGAAUUCCAAAACUGCAAAAAGUGUGGUUGCAUUUGCCAUCUGCUUAAGCUUGCCUCCAAAUGACUUAAUUGUGGCUCAAGAUAUGGCUGCAGAGCUGCUAAAAGUUAACGGGUCUGGGGAAAGUGAUCCGGUGAAAAAAUCUGAAACUUAUCCCCUCAUAAAUCAUUCAACAAAGAAUGCAAUAGGUUCCAGUUUACUGCAAUUAAUUGAAUCAGUUGUUCUUGAUCUGGAUUGGGCUGUGAGGAAACUGAAGGCAUCAUUUGCCAUCACUCAAAGAUGUCUUGAUCAGUAUGGAGAAAAGGCGCCUGGCUUAAUAUUGGAAGAAGCUGUGUACCUGAGAUCUGAAGCUCUGGUGAACUUGUUAUCUUUCUUUGUGGUUAUGAAUCUCAAGGAUCCUCACCCAGAGCAAUUGUUGAGAUUGGCUGCAAGGUUUUACAAGCAUUUAGCUUCUUUGACAAAGCUACGGAUUCCUCCCAAAGGGAGCAAACAGCUUCUACCUGGAGUCAAGUUCCAGAAGCUCGCGGAAAUAACCUGCAAAAAGUUGACUGGUCCACUCUAUAACUUUGUGGCUCUAAUGCAACAGCGUCAACAGGAGAAUGCACAAGCUAAGGGAAUUAUUGGUAGGAUCAAAAGGGAGAAUAAAUGCAUACCUGACCUGAUCUUCCAGAUAGAAGAUUAUGAAAAAUAUCUUAUCCAGCUUAGCAAGGUGAGCAAAAUAAAUUUGUUGAGACAUGCUAAACGCAGCACUGCUAGAGAUUUUAAGAUUCUUGAUUCAAAAAAGAUAAGUAGAGAAGAGGAGCCACCAAAUCAUGAAGCUGACCAAAUUAACGCUAUUGCUUCCCAAAACAAAUCAUGUGAGGAGGAAGAGAGUAUGUCUGAUAAGGUUUUGUCAGCUGAGUCUGAUGGUGCUGUGGUUGCUGAGGAUUCUGGAUCUGAAAGUGAAGCUUGUGAUAUCGUUGUCAAAAACAAGAGGGCAAGAACAAGAACAGACAAGGUUGUGAGGGAUUCAGAUGAUGAAUCAUAGUUUAAACAAAAGAGUUAUGGUGAUAUCCUGAACCAUUUAACACUACUGAACUAAUAGCUGAAGGAAUUCAGGUUACUUGUCAUGUAGUAAAUUUGUAUGUGAAUGGUCAUAAAGAGAGUUGCUUGUAAACUGC